UUCGGUUACGGUUCCAUGACUGCCCUUCCCAUCAUUGAGACCCAGGGUGGUGAUGUCUCUGCUUACAUUCCCACUAACGUCAUUUCCAUCACUGACGGUCAGAUUUUCUUGGAAGCUGAACUUUUCUUCAAGGGUAUCCGUCCCGCCAUUAACGUCGGUCUUUCCGUCUCCCGUGUCGGUUCCGCUGCCCAGACCAAGGCCAUGAAGCAGGUUGCUGGUUCCCUCAAGCUUUUCCUUGCCCAAUACCGUGAAGUCGCUGCUUUCGCUCAAUUCGGUUCCGAUUUGGAUGCCUCCACCCAGUUCUUGUUGAACCGUGGUGCUCGUCUUACCGAACUUCUCAAGCAACCCCAGUACACUCCUCUUUCCAUUGAGACUCAAGUCCCUAUUGUCUUCGCUGGUGUCAACGGUUUCCUUGACAAGCUCCCCGUCAACAAGAUCGUCGACUGGGAAAAGGAUUUCAUCCAAUACGUCAAGGCCAACCACAGCGAUGUCCUUGAGGAGAUCCGCUCCAAGGGUGUCCUUUCCAAGGAACUCGAGACCAAGCUCCGUGAGGUCUGCGAUUCUCAUGUCAAGUCUUUCAUGUAAAA